AUGGUGAGGAGAGAUGGGGUGAGAGGAGGGGUUUGGGUGUGCACAGAAAAUGGAGAGAGGUUUUGGGGGAAGAAGUGUGUGGUGACCGUUGGGGCUUGGACUACAAAGUUAGUUAAAACGGUUGGUGGGAUUGCGCUGCCUAUACAGCCACUGGAGACCACUGUUUGUUAUUGGAGGAUUAAGGAGGGGCAUGAAGGUGGUUUUGCCAUUGGAGGUGACUUUCCAACCUUUGCUAGCUAUGGGGACAACUACAUUUAUGGGACACCCUCUUUGGAGUACCCCGGUUUGAUCAAGGUUGCCGUGCAUGGCGGGUACCCAUGUGACCCGGAUAAGAGGCCAUGGGGACCCGGGAACCCGCUGGCUCCGUUGAAGGAGUGGAUUGAGGGGAGGUUCUCCGGUGUAGUUGACUCCGGUGGGCCAGUGGCCACUCAGCUGUGUAUGUACUCCAUGACCCCGGAUGAGGACUUUGUGAUUGAUUUCUUGGGUGGGGAGUUUGGGAAGGAUGUGGUGGUGGGUGGCGGGUUUUCGGGUCACGGGUUCAAGCUGUCUCCGGUGGUGGGGAGGAUAUUGGCUGACCUUGCACUUAGUGGGGAGGCUCAAGGAGUGGAGCUAAAGCACUUUAGGAUGGCAAGGUUUCAAGAGAAUCCCAAAGGAAAUGUUAAAGACUUCCUAUAGAUCAUCGGUGCUAAUUUGAAGCAAAAUUGGGUAGCUUUCCAUCUGUGGCCAAUAAUUUAGGAUGGUAAACUGUAUGUGGCUAUGCGUGAGUGAGUAUGUAUGUGUGUGUUGGACAGAUUGACACAAUAAACACACUGCUUCAUUUGGUGUUCAAUCAUCCUCCAAAUGUUGCAUCAAUUUUACA